AAUUUGUUACAUUGAUCGAUUUAUUUGUUUACAAACCCUCGUGUAGGUUGUUAAAAUUGUAAAAACUUUGUUCUAACUUAAGAAAACAAGAGAGUAAAUUUACAUGCACUCUGGGUACAAGUAACUUGUUUAAACAAAUCCGUAUUUGCGAAAGUGACAUGCCUCCAUUGCAAAAUUUAGUUGCCCUGAUUUUAUCAUCCAUCGUGCUGCGUUUCGUAUCGUCUGUUGAAGUUGAAUUCAAGGCGGAAUACUUCUCCAAUUUUACGCUCACUUGUGACGACAAACUUUUAGCACUUCCGUAUACAACCUUUAAAAAAUAUUGGAUUUUACCAAAUGGAUCGGUAAUUCAAUGGUGGCAUGAAUCCGGCAAUAACAGCAGAUACUUUGUCGGGGAGUCUCCGGAUUUCAAUCUUACAAUUACUAACGUAGACGAAGAAGAUUUUGGAUGGUACUAUUGUGUGAUUCUUUGGGACAACUACAUCUACUUAGUCCAUACGCUAAAAAUUGGACUGAAUGUUAAUGGAGCAUUAUAUAAAGACUUGUUGGACCAGUACCGGAAGAGUGCCAUAAUAGGUCUAAUUGCUGGGGGAGUAACAGCAGCAUUGCUAAGUCUCUUCUGCCUCUUAUACUGGUGUAGAUAUAGCGAAGUUAAUACAAAAAAUGAUGUCAAAAAGGAAAAGGCAAAAGUAAAAACCAAGUCUAACAAAAACGAUGAUAGUUCAAGUGAUUCAAAUAGUAAAGCUAAUACGGAUUCUACAAAAGAAAAUGAAGCAAUAUAUGAGUUAGAUAAAGCUGUCAAAGGUUAUGAUGACGAUGGCGCAACUGUGGUCGGUGACGGUGAAAUAGCUGUUAGUAUAAGGAAAGAAGAGGAUGACAGUGAAGAUGGAGGAAGACCGAUACAAAUAUUUGAACCAGUUUCCGGGACAACUGAAAUAUCGCAACCGGAAGUACCGAGGUGCUCUGAUGACGAUGGAGAUUGUAAUAAUGUCAUUGUCCCGCCUCCUCCGCCGCCACCACCUCUUUUACAUUCCCUCAAUGAUUCAUUCGACGAACAAGACGACCUAAAGGCCGAGAACGCUGCGCAGAGACUCGUGUUUAUAAAUCACGCGUAUGAUGCGGGAAAUGAUCAAUGUCACAAAAGUCCUUCCUUUGAUCCAGACCAGAAAUAUGUGUUCGAGGACGACACCAGAUAUCCCGGAAAAGGACAUUACGAUGCUGUGAAAUUUUAGUAUAAAAACAAGAAUCAGACCUUUUAUUAUCCCUGUAAUUUAUUUCCCUGAAAGUUUAUUUCAUCACUACACAGUCCUUUACAAAAGACUCGUCUAUUUUCCUCUUUUGAUCAAUUAUGUUUUGAAACU